GCAGGCUGGGGCCUACUCCAGAGCCCAGUUACUACAGUCCGGCCCUGCAGAGGGGCGGCCGGGACGCGCGCACGCAGUUCAUUGGACCUCGGCGCAGUCGCUCCCGGGCCGCUGCAUGCGGAUUGGCCGAUGGAACCUGGGGACGUCGGCGGAGUUCGGCUGGCCGACGCUACGGCGGGCUUCGGGGGGCGCCUUGAGCCUUCAGGACGGUUUCUGCUCCUCAGCCCCAGCGGGGCUGUAGGCCCCGCGGAUCCCUGCCGCCCGCAGGGCCGCAGUCCCUUUCGGAAGACGCCACAAAAUGGCGGCGCCAGAGGGCGGAGCUAUGGCGCGAGAUCCUGGGGCGUGGGGUCUGCAGCGGGAGGAGGGACUGCUGUCUCUUUCCCGGCCUUCGGGCCUUCCUGGGUACUUGCGGGGUUUCGUUGGGUCUUCUGCGCCGCCCACGUGGCCUGGAGCACCGGUCCGGAAGCGGUAUGGGCGGCACAGGCUAUGGGGCAUGGAGUGCUGGGCCCACCAACACCCAGGGUGCAUACGGAACUGGCGUGACAAGCUGGCAAGGCUAUGAAAACUACAAUUAUUAUGGUGCCCAGAACAGCAGUGUCACCACAGGAGCAACCUACAGCUAUGGCCCAUCCUCGUGGGAGGCCACUAAGACCAGCGAUGGCCUGGCAGCUGGGGGCCCUGCCAUGCAUAUGGCUUCUUAUGGCCCAGAGCCAUGCACCGACAGUUCCGACUCCCUCAUUGCCAAGAUCAACCAGCGUUUGGACAUGAUGUCCAAGGAAGGAGGCAGGGGCGGGAGCAGCGGCAGUGGGGAGGGCAUGCAGGACCGGGAAAGCUCUUUCCGCUUCCAGUCCUUUGAGUCCUAUGAUUCCAGGCCUUGCCUUCCUGAGCACAAUCCCUACCGCCCUAACUAUAGCUACGACUAUGACUUCGACCUGGGGCCCGACCGCAACGGUGGAUUUGGUGGUCAGUACAGUGAUUGCCGGGACCCAGCCCGGGAACGGGGCUCCCUUGAUGGCUUCAUGAGGGGCCGCGGCCAGGGCCGAUUCCAGGAUCGGAGCAACCCCAGCACCUUUAUGCGCAGUGACCCCUUCAUGCCACCCGCAGCCUCCUCUGAGCCUCUUUCUACUCCAUGGACCGAGAUGAACUACGUGGGUGGGCGAGGCCUGGGAGGCCCCUCCCCCAGCAGACCUCCGCCUUCCCUCUUCUCCCAGUCCAUGGCCCCUGACUUCAGCGUGAUGGGCAUGCAGGGGGCGGGUGGUUAUGACAACUCUAUGCCCUAUGGAUGUGGCCGGUCACAGACCCGGAUAAGGGAUCGGCCUAGGUGGAGAGGGUUUGAUCGCUAUGGCCCCGAUAGCUUGGGCAGGAAACGGAAGCAGUUGCAGAUUUACGACGAGCCAGACACCAAACAGGCCCGUGCUGACAGUGAAGGAGAUUUUUCUGAAAACGAUGAUGGAGCUGGUGACUUCCGGUCAGGAGAUGAAGAAUUCAGGGGUGAGGACGAAUUCUUCGACCCUGGGAAGCAGAGAGGAGAGAAGGAUGAUGAAGAUGAUGAAGUAAAGAAGAAGAGGGAAAAGCAAAGGAGAAGAGACAGGAUGCGAGACCGAGCAGCUGAUAGGCCAGUGAGGAGUCCCCUUGUUUCCCCACCGCUUGUACCUGUCCUCCCAGAGAAGUUAACUUCAUUCAGCAGAGCUGCCAAGAAGGUGCCUUUGAUGCCUUGUCCAAAUCCGAACUGCCUGUGGAGUAGGACAUGGCAGUUACAUGUGUAUAGGAUUCAGUUUGCCUGUUCCGUGUGCAAGUUUCGUAGCUUUGAAGAUGAAGAAAUCCAGAAGCAUCUGCAAAGCAAAUUUCACAAAGAGACACUACGGUUUAUAAGUACCAAACUGCCUGACAAGACAGUGGAGUUCCUCCAGGAAUACAUUGUAAACAGGAAUAAGAAAAUUGAGAAAAGGCGUCAGGAAUUGAUGGAAAAGGAAAGCACAAAACCAAAACCAGAUCCUUUCAAAGGGAUUGGCCAGGAGCACUUCUUCAAGAAGAUAGAGGCUGCUCACUGCCUGGCUUGUGACAUGCUUAUCCCUGCACAGCACCAGCUCCUCCAGCGGCACCUGCACUCUGUUGACCACAAUCACAACCGCCGGUUGGCUGCUGAACAGUUCAAGAAAACAAGUCUCCAUGUGGCUAAGAGUGUUUUGAACAAUAGACACAUAGUGAAGAUGCUGGAAAAAUACCUCAAGGGUGAAGACCCUUUCACCAGUGAAGCUGUUGACCCAGAAAUAGGAGAUGACAAUUUAGGAGGUGAGGAUAAGGAAGAGACACCUGAGGAAGUAGCUGCUGAAGUCUUAGCUGAGGUGAUUACAGCAGCAGUGAGAGCAGUAGAUGAGGAAGGUGCACCUACUCCAGAAAGUAGUGACAUGCUGGCUGAAGGGGAAGGCCCAGUGGGCACAGCUGAGGACACUGGUGGCCCCCACCCCAAAGAGCCGCUGGAAGCAGAGACACCCCGUGGAGUAGCAUCUGAGAAGGGCAACACUGAAGCAGAGGCCAGAGGUAAAGCUGCUGAGGCCAUAGGCGAAGUGGAAACCCUGGCUACAGAGUCAGAAAGCACCUUAACAGUCACUACUCCUGCCGAAGUUGCUGCCAGAGCUGAAGUGGAACAAACUGAUGCAGAGUCCAAAGAUGCUGUUUCCACAGAAUGAUCCUCCUCUCCCUGUUUUAAGGGAUAUGUUAUAUAAUGCAUUAUUCUUUCUCCUUUGGUUUAUAAGCAGUACUAGGGUGUGUGUUACUGGAAUAUUCUUUGGUUAAGAGACCCAGCAAUUUCCUUUAGAAAAGUGUACCUCACAGGCUUAUCUUAUAGUUGUGUGGCUUUCUGCCUUUGUUUGAAGGCUGCAGGAGUUGUACAUUCCCCCAGGUGGCUGUGAUCUCUCUUUAUACUGCAGUUGGAAUAAUAAAAGUUGGGUAAUAUA